GCGGGAGGCGUCGGGCGCGCGGCCGGUCCGGGGACCCGGCUCCCUGUCCUGCUCGCCCUGCCCUUCGGGGACCAUCCGGCUCUGCCCGUAGCCCGCGUGCCGGGAGGAGUCGGCGCCUCGGAGAAGAGCCCUCGUGGUCGCGCGUGUGGAAUAUCUGCAGACAUGACGGCGUGGAGGAGACGCCAGCCUCCGCUCCCGCUCCUGCUGCCGCUGGCGCUCUGCGCCGGGCUCCUCGCCGCAGCGAAGGGUCAGAGCUGCGGCGGCCUAGUCCAGGGCCCCAACGGCACCAUCGAGAGCCCAGGCUUCCCGCACGGUUACCCCAACUACGCGAACUGCACCUGGGUCAUCCUGAGCGGCGAGCGCCACCGGGUCCAGCUGUCCUUCCAGAGCUUCGCGCUGGAGGAGGACUUCGACAUCCUGUCCGUCUACGACGGGCAGCUCCAGCAGGGCAACCUGAAAGUGAGGCUCUCGGGGUUCCAGCUGCCCUCGUCCGUCGUGAGCUCGGGGUCCAUCCUCACGCUGUGGUUCACCACCGACUUCGCCGUGAGCGCCCAGGGCUUCAGGGCCCUGUACGAAGUUUUGCCGAGCCACACGUGCGGGAACCCCGGGGAAAUACUGAAAGGCACCCUCCACGGGACACGAUUCAACAUCGGGGACAAGAUCCGGUACAGCUGCCUCUCGGGCUACGUCCUGGAGGGCCACGCGGUGCUCACCUGCAUCGUGAGCCCGGGGAGCGGCGCCACCUGGGACUUCCCCGCCCCGCUCUGCCGAGCUGAGGGAGCCUGCGGGGGGACCUUGCGGGGGACCAGCAGCAGCAUCUCCAGCCCCCACUUCCCUUCCGAGUACGAAAACAACGCUGACUGCACGUGGACCAUCCUCGCCGAGCCCGGGGACACCAUCGCUUUGGUCUUCACGGACUUUCAGCUGGAGGAGGGCUACGACUUCCUCGAGAUCAGCGGGACGGAAGCGCCAUCCAUAUGGCUCACCGGCAUGAACCUCCCCUCGCCCGUCAUCAGCAGCAAAAAUUGGCUACGGCUCCAUUUCACGUCGGACAGCAACCAUCGGCGCAAAGGAUUUAAUGCUCAGUUUCAAGUGAAAAAGGCAAUUGAACUGAAGUCCAGAGGAGUCAAGAUGCUGCCCAGCAAGGAGAGCAGCCACAAGAACUCCGUCUUGAGUCAAGGUGGUGUGGCCCAGGUCUCCGACACGUGUCCGGACCCCGGGAUUCCAGAAUUCGGGAGAAGAUCAGGGUCCGACUUCAGGGUUGGAGCCAAUGUGCAGUUCUCCUGCGAAGAUAACUACGUGCUCCAGGGGUCCAAGAGCAUCACCUGCCAGCGGGUCACCGAGACGCUGGCUGCCUGGAGCGACCACCGGCCGAUUUGCCGAGCUCGAACGUGUGGGUCGAACCUGCGCGGGCCCAGCGGCGUGAUCACGUCCCCCAAUUACCCGGUGCAGUACGAGGACAACGCACACUGCGUGUGGGUCAUCACGGCCGCGGACCCCGGCAAGGUCAUCAAGCUGGCCUUCGAGGAGUUCGAGCUGGAGCGAGGCUACGACACCCUGACCGUGGGUGAUGCGGGCAAAGUGGGUGACACCAGGACCGUGCUGUACGUACUCACCGGGUCCAGCGUCCCCGACCUGAUCGUGAGCAUGAGCAACCAGAUGUGGCUCCACCUGCAGUCAGACGACAGCAUCGCCUCGCCCGGGUUCAAGGCCGUGUACCAAGAGAUUGAGAAGGGGGGCUGCGGGGACCCCGGCAUCCCUGCCUACGGGAGGCGGAUGGGCAGCAGCUUCCUGCACGGAGACACGCUCGCCUUCGAGUGCCAGGCGGCCUUCGAGCUGGUGGGGGAGCGAGCCAUCACCUGCCAGCGCAACAACCAGUGGUCCGGCAACAAGCCCAGCUGUGUGUUUUCGUGUUUCUUCAACUUCACGGCGUCCUCGGGGGUCAUCCUCUCUCCCAGUUACCCCGAGGAGUACGGCAACAACAUGAACUGCGUGUGGCUGGUCAUAGCGGAGCCGGGCAGCAGGGUUCACCUCAUCUUCAACGACUUCGACGUGGAGCCCCAGUUCGACUUCCUCGCCAUCAAGGACGACGCUGGGCCCGACAUGACCGUCCUCGGGACCUUUUCGGGGAACGAGGUGCCCUCCCAGCUGGCCAGCAGCGGGCAUGUCGUGCGCCUGGAGUUCCAGUCCGAUCACUCCACCACCGGCCGGGGCUUCAACAUCACCUACACCACGUUCGGUCAGAACGAGUGCCACGACCCCGGCAUCCCCGUCAAUGGGCAGCGCUUCGGGGACCGGUUCCUGCUGGGGAGCUCGGUUUCCUUCCACUGUGACGACGGCUUUGUGAAGACACAGGGCUCCGAGUCCAUCACGUGCACCCUGCAGGACGGGAACGUGGUGUGGAGCGCGGCCGUGCCCCGCUGCGAGGCCCCGUGUGGCGGACACCUGACCGCGUCCAGUGGUGUCAUCCUGCCUCCCGGGUGGCCAGGAUAUUACAAAGACUCCCUAAAUUGUGAAUGGAUCAUCGAGGCGAAGCCAGGACACUCUAUCAAAAUCACUUUCGAUAGGUUCCAGACAGAAGUGAACUACGACACCCUGGAGGUGCGGGAUGGGCCGACCAGCUCGUCCCCGCUGAUCGGCGAGUACCAGGGCACCCAGGCCCCCCAGUUCCUCAUCAGCACCGGGAACUCCAUGCGCCUGCUCUUUACCACGGACAGCAGCCGGGCCAGCGUGGGAUUCCUCAUCCGCUACGAGAGUGUGACGCUGGAGUCGGACUCCUGCCUGGACCCCGGCAUCCCGGUGAACGGCCGUCGGCAUGGCGACACCUUCGGCGUCCGGUCGACGGUGACCUUCAGCUGCGACCCCGGGUACACGCUCAGCGACGACGAGCCCCUCGUCUGCGAGAGGAACCACCAGUGGAACCACGCGCUGCCCAGCUGCGACGCCCUCUGUGGAGGCUACACCCAUGGAAAGAGUGGAACAGUCCUUUCUCCCGGGUUCCCAGACUUUUACCCAAACUCUCUCAACUGCACGUGGACCAUUGAGGUGUCUCAUGGAAAAGGGGUGCAGAUGAUGUUCCACACCUUCCACCUGGAGAGUUCUCACGACUACCUGCUGGUCACGGAGGACGGGAGCUUCUCGGAGCCCGUGGCCCGGCUCACGGGCUCGGUGCUGCCCCACACGAUUAAGGCCGGUCUGUUCGGGAACUUCACCGCCCAGCUGCGGUUCAUAUCUGACUUCUCCAUUUCCUACGAGGGCUUCAACAUCACCUUCUCGGAGUAUGACCUGGAGCCCUGUGAGGACCCUGGCGUCCCCGCCUUCAGCCGGAGGAUCGGUUUCCACUUCGGAGUCGGGGACUCGCUGACCUUCUCCUGCUUCCCGGGGUAUCGCCUAGAAGGUGCCACCAAGCUGACCUGCCUGGGCGGGGGCCGCCGUGUGUGGAGUGCACCUCUGCCAAGGUGUGUGGCCGAAUGCGGGGCGAGUGUCAGAGGAAACGAGGGGACGUUGCUGUCGCCGAACUUCCCGUCCAACUAUGACAACAACCACGAGUGUAUCUACAGCAUAGAGACCGAGGCCGGCAAGGGCAUCCGCCUCCGGGCCCGAAGCUUCCAGCUGCUCGAAGGGGACACGCUAAAGGUGUAUGAUGGACGGGACAGCUCCUCGCGGCCCCUGGGGACCUUCACCAAGAACGAGCUGAUAGGCCUGGUCCUAAACAGCACCUCGAACCACCUGUGGCUGGAGUUCAACACCAACGGCUCGGACACCGGCCAGGGCUUCCAGCUCACCUACACCAGCUUUGACCUGGUGAAGUGCGAGGACCCCGGGGUGCCCAGCUACGGCUACCGGAUCCGGGACGACGGCCACUUUGCGGACACAGCCGUCCUGUUCAGCUGUAACCCCGGCUACGCCAUGCACGGGAGCGGCACGCUCACCUGCCUGAGCGGCGACCGGAGGGUGUGGGACAAGCCCUUGCCGUCCUGCGUGGCAGAGUGUGGUGGGCGGGUCCACGCGGCCACCUCGGGGCGCCUGCUGUCCCCUGGCUACCCAGCUCCCUAUGACAACAACCUGCACUGCACGUGGGUCAUCGAGGCCGACCCCGGGAAGACCAUCAGCCUCCACUUCAUCGUGUUCGACACGGAGACCAACCACGACAUCCUGAAGGUGUGGGACGGCCCCGUGGACAGCGCCAUCCUGCUGAAGGAGUGGAGCGGCUCGGCGCUGCCCGAGGACAUCCACAGCACCUUCAGCUCCCUCACCCUGCAGUUCGACAGCGACUUCUUCAUCAGCAAGUCCGGCUUCUCCGUGCAGUUCUCCACCUCAAUAGCGUCCACCUGCAAUGACCCAGGCACCCCGCAAAACGGCACCCGCUACGGGGACAGCAGAGAGCCCGGAGACACCGUCACCUUCCAGUGCGACCCCGGCUAUCAGCUGCAAGGACAGGAGAAGAUCACCUGUGUGCAGCUGGACGGCCGCUUCUUCUGGCAGCCGGACCCGCCCACCUGCAUAGCUGCCUGUGGAGGGAACCUGACCGGCCCGUCGGGCGUCAUCUUAUCCCCUAACUACCCGCAGCCGUAUCCUCCCGGGAAGGAAUGCGACUGGAGGGUCAGAGUGAACCCCGACUUCGUCAUCGCCUUGAUAUUCAAAAGCUUCAGCAUGGAGCCCAGCUACGACUUCCUGCACGUCUACGAGGGCGAGGACUCCAACAGCCCCCUGGUCGGCAGCUUCCAGGGCUCGCAGGCCCCCGAGAGGAUCGAGAGCAGCGGUAACAGCCUCUUCCUGGCCUUCCGGAGCGACGCCUCCGUGGGCCUGUCCGGCUUCGCCAUCGAGUUCAAAGAGAAGCCCAGGGAAGCCUGUUUCGACCCUGGAAACAUAAUGAACGGGACGAGAGUCGGGACGGAUUUCAAGCUCGGCUCCACCGUGACCUACCAGUGUGACUCCGGCUACAAGAUUGUGGACCCCUCGUCCAUCACGUGCGUGAUCGGGGCGGACGGGAAGCCGGCCUGGAACCAGGCCCUGCCCUCCUGCCGCGCUCCCUGCGGAGGCCAGUACACGGGGUCGGAGGGGGUGGUACUGUCCCCCAACUACCCCCAGAACUACACGGCUGGUCAAACCUGCCUCUAUUCCAUAAAGGUGCCAAAGGGAUUUGUGGUGUUCGGACAGUUCGCCUAUUUCCAGACGGCGCUGAACGACGUGGCGGAAUUGUUCGACGGGACGCACCCCCAGGCCCGGCUCCUCAGCUCGCUCUCCGGGUCCCACUCAGGUGAGGCCCUGCCCCUGGCCACGUCCAACCAGGUGCUGCUCCAGUUCAGCGCGAGGAGCGGGGCGUCGGCCCGUGGCUUCCACCUCCUGUACCAGGCGGUUCCCCGGACCAGCGACACCCAGUGCAGCUCCGUCCCCGAGCCCAGGUACGGCCGGAGGAUCGGCUCCGAGUUCUCGGCGGGGUCCAUCGUCCGGUUCGAGUGCAGCCCGGGGUACCUGCUGCAGGGCUCCGCGGCCGUGCGCUGCCGGUCGGUGCCCAACGCCCUGGCCCAGUGGAACGACACGAUCCCGAGCUGCGUGGUCCCCUGCAGCGGAAACUUCACCCAGCGCAGGGGCACGAUCCUCUCCCCCGGCUUCCCGGAGCCCUACGGGAACAACUUAAACUGCGUCUGGAGAAUCACAGUGACGGAGGGAUCGGGGAUUCAGAUCCAGGUCAUCAGUUUCGCCACAGAACAGAACUGGGACUCCCUGGAGAUCUACGACGGCGGGGACGUGACUGCGCCCAGGCUGGGGAGCUUCUCAGGUACCACGGUGCCCGCCCUGCUGAACAGCUCGUCCAACCAGCUCUACCUGCACUUCCAGUCGGACAUCAGUGUGGCCGCCGCCGGCUUCCACCUGGAGUACAAAACCGUGGGGCUCGCCGCCUGCCAGGAGCCAGCCCUGCCCAGCAACGGGCUCAAGACGGGCGACCGGUACAUGGUGAACGACGUGCUGGCCUUCCAGUGCGAGCCGGGGUACACGCUGCAGGGCCGCUCCCACAUCUCCUGCAUGCCGGGCACCGUGCGUCGCUGGAACUACCCACCCCCUCUCUGCAUCGCGAUGUGCGGAGGGACCCUGAGCGGCGUGGGGGGCGUGAUCCUGAGCCCCGGCUUCCCCGGCGCCUACCCCAACAACCUGGACUGCACCUGGAGGAUCGCCCUGCCCGUGGGCUACGGGGCACAUAUUCAGUUCCUGAACUUUUCCACGGAGGCCAAUCACGACUACCUGGAGAUCCAGAACGGACCCUACCACACGAGCCCCAUGAUCGGGCAGUUCAGCGGCCCCGACCUGCCGCCCGCGCUGCUGAGCACCACGCACGAGACCCUCGUCCGCUUCUACAGCGACCACUCCCAGAACCGGCCGGGCUUCAAGCUGGCCUACCAAGCCUACGAGCUCCAGAACUGCCCGGACCCCCCUGCCUUUCAGAACGGCUACAUGGUCAACUCCGACUACAGUGUGGGGCAGUCCAUCUCUUUUGAGUGCUAUCCCGGGUACAUUUUAAUCGGCCACCCUGUCCUCACCUGCCAGCACGGGAUCGACAGAAACUGGAACCACCCGUUUCCUAGGUGUGACGCCCCGUGUGGAUACAACAUCACGUCUCAGAAUGGCACCAUUUACUCCCCCGGAUUCCCCGACGAGUACCCUGUCCUGAAGGACUGCCUAUGGCUCAUCACUGUGCCCCCCGGCCACGGCAUCUACAUCAACUUCACGCUGCUGCAGACCGAGGCGGUCAACGACUACAUCGCUGUGUGGGAUGGUCCUGACCAGAACUCUCCUCAGCUCGGGGUCUUCAGCGGAAACACGGCCCUCGAAACCGCAUACAGCUCCACCAACCAGGUCCUGCUUAAGUUCCACAGCGACUUCUCCAACGGGGGUUUCUUCGUCCUCAACUUCCACGCAUUUCAGCUCAAGAAGUGCCCACCUCCUCCAGCGGUGCCACAGGCGGAGAUGCUCAGUGAGGACCAGGACUUUGAAAUAGGGGACUUCGUGAGGUACCACUGCCACCCCGGGUACACGCUGUCCGGGGCGGACACGCUCACCUGCAAGCUCAGCUCCCAGCUGCAGUUCGAAGGUUCUCUCCCAACGUGCGAAGCACAAUGCCCAGCGAACGAAGUCCGCACAGAGUCCUCAGGGGUCAUCCUCAGCCCCGGUUACCCAGGCAACUACUUCAACUCCCAGACCUGCUCCUGGAGCAUCCGAGUGGAGCCAAACUACAACAUCACCAUCUUCGUGGACAACUUUCAGAGUGAGAAGCAGUUUGAUGCCCUGGAAGUAUUUGACGGUUCCUCUGGUCAGAGCCCCCUGCUGGUGGUCCUGAGUGGGAACCACACCGAGCAGUCGAAUUUCACCAGCAGGAGCCACCAGCUGUAUCUCCGCUGGUCCACUGAUCACGCCACCAGCAAAAAGGGAUUCAAGAUUCGUUAUGCAGCCCCUUACUGCAGCUUGGCCCCCACCCUGAGGAACGGUGGCAUUUUAAAUAGGACCGCGGGGACACUGGGAAGUCAAGUGCACUACUUCUGCAAGCCCGGCUACCGCCUGGUCGGCCGCAGCAACGCCACGUGUGUUCGGAACCCCGUGGGCGUGUACCAGUGGGACUCUCUCCCUCCGCUGUGCCAGGCCGUGUCCUGCGGAAUCCCUGAGGCCCCAGGAAAUGGCUCCUUCAUGGGUAACGAGUUCACCUUGGACAGUAAAGUGACGUAUGAAUGUAACGAGGGCUUUAAGCUUGAAGAUGGCCAACAAGCCACAGCCGUGUGUCAGGAAGAUGGAUCCUGGAGCAACCGAGGGACGCCGCCCACCUGCAGGCCGGUCACCUGCCCUGGCGUCGAGGCCCAGCUCUCCGAGCACAUCACCUGGAGGCUGGUCUCGGGGUCCCUGAACGAGUAUGGCGCUCAGGUGGUGCUGAGCUGCAGUCCUGGGCAUUACCUGGAGGGCAGCCGGCUGGUGCAGUGCCAAGCGAACGGGACUUGGAGCGUAGGCGAGGAGCGGCCUCGGUGCAGAGUCAUCUCCUGCGGAAGCCUGUCCUUCCCUCCCAAUGGCAACAAGAUCGGGACGCUGACCGUCUACGGAGCCACGGCCAUAUUCACAUGCAACACGGGCUACACACUCGUGGGCUCCCACGUGCGAGAGUGCCUGGCGAGCGGGCUCUGGAGUGGCGCCGAGACCAGGUGCCUGGCCGGCCACUGCGGCUCCCCUGACCCCAUCGUGAACGGGCACAUCAGCGGGGAUGGCUUCAGCUACCGGGACACCGUGGUCUACCAGUGCAAUCCCGGCUUCCGGCUCGUGGGCACCUCCGUCCGGAUUUGCCUGCAGGACCACAAGUGGUCGGGACAGACCCCGGUUUGUGUCGCCAUCACCUGCGGCCACCCCGGGAACCCCGCCCAUGGGCUCACCAAGGGCAGCGAGUUCAACCUGAACGACGUGGUGAACUUCACCUGCAACACCGGCUACCUGCUGCAGGGGGCGCCCCAGGCCCAGUGUCGGACCAACGGCCAGUGGAGCAGCCCCCUGCCCACCUGCCGAGUGGUCAACUGCUCCGACCCGGGCUCCGUGGACAACGCCAUCCGCCAGGGGCCACAGAGCUUCCCCGAGAGCUUUGUCUAUGGAAUGAGUGUCCUGUUUCACUGCAAGAAGGGCUUUUACCUGCUGGGCUCUUCCGCCUUGACCUGCAUGGCCAGUGGCUUGUGGGAUCGCUCUCUGCCCAAGUGUUUGGCUAUAUCCUGUGGGCACCCGGGGGUGCCUGCCAACGCAAUCCUCACGGGAGAGGUGUUCACAUUCGGGGCCACAGUCCACUACUCCUGCAAAGGGGCCCGUAGCCUCGUGGGCAAUAGCACCAGAGUGUGCCAGGAGGACAGUCACUGGAGCGGGGCACCGCCCCACUGCACAGGAAAUAGCCCUGGGUUCUGUGGGGACCCAGGGACCCCGGCCCAUGGGUCUCGGCUGGGCGAUGAGUUUAAGACGAAGAGCCUCCUGCGCUUCUCCUGUGAGGUGGGCUACCUGCUGCGGGGCUCUCCUGAGCGCACCUGUUUGCUCAAUGGGUCCUGGUCCGGGCUGCAGCCUGUGUGUGAAGCUGUGUCCUGUGGGAACCCCGGCACGCCCACCCAUGGCAGGAUCGUCAGCAGUGACGGCAUCCUAUUCUCCAGCUCUGUCAUCUACGCCUGCUGGGAGGGCUACAGGACCUCGGGGCUGAUGACACGCCACUGCACCGCCAAUGGGACCUGGACGGGCACAGCUCCCGACUGCACAGUCGUAAACUGUGGGGAUCCAGGCACACUGGCCAACGGCAUCCAGUUCGGGACUGACUUCACCUUCAACAAGACCGUGAACUACCAGUGCAACCCCGGCUACGUCAUGGAGCCCGUCACAGGGGCCACCAUCCGCUGCACCAGAGAUGGCGGAUGGAGCCACAGCAAGCCCGUCUGCAGAGCCGUCCUGUGCAGCCCACCGCCUGCCGUGCAGCAUGGAGAAGUGGAGGGAGCCGAUUUCCGCUGGGGCGCCAGUGUCAGCUACAGCUGUGCGGCAGGCUACCAGCUGUCCCACCCGGCCAUCCUGUCCUGCGAAGGCCAGGGCGUGUGGAAGGGGGAGACGCCCCAGUGCCUGCCUGUGUUCUGUGGAGACCCGGGCACCCCCGCGGAGGGCCGGCUCAGUGGCAAAAGUUUCACCUACAAAUCUGAAGUCUCCUUCCAGUGCAAACCACCCUUCCUACUGGUGGGAUCUCCGAGGAGGACCUGCCAGGCCGAUGGGACGUGGAGUGGGGUGCAGCCCACCUGCAUAGAUCCCACUCACAACACCUGCCCGGACCCCGGGACCCCACACUUCGGCAUACAGAACAGCUCCAGAGGAUACGAGGUGGGGAGCACCGUGUUCUUCAGGUGCAGGAAGGGCUACCACGUGCAGGGAUCGACCACACGCACCUGCCUUGCGAACUUAACGUGGAGCGGGAUACAGACCGAGUGCAUACCCCACGCCUGCCGACAGCCUGAGACGCCGGCCCACGCGGACGUGAGAGCCAUCGACCUCCCUGCCUUUGGCUACACCUUGGUGUACACCUGCCACCCGGGGUUUUUCCUGGCCGGCGGAUCUGAGCACAGGACCUGUAAAGCAGAUAUGAGGUGGACAGGGAAGUCGCCUGUCUGUAAAAGUAAAGGAGUGAGAGAAGUUAAUGAAACAGUUACUAAAACCCCAGUUCCCUCUGACGUGUUCUUCAUCCACUCUGUGUGGAAGGGACAUUACGAGUAUUUGGGGAGAAGACAGCCGGCGACCCUGACAGUGGAUGGCUUCAACGCGAGCAGCAGCAAUGUGAAUGCCACCUUCACCGCAGCCUCGCAGGUGGAGCUGAAGCUGGCAGGGGUCUACAAGAAAGAGGAGGCCCACCUGCUCCUGAGAGUUUUUCACGCAAAAGGGCCUGCAGACGUUUCUGUGAGCAAGUUUGAAAAUGACCAAUGGGGACUGGACGGUUACGUCUCGUCAGGACUCGAAAGAGGAAGUUUUACCUUUCAAGGUGACAUCCAUGGGGAAGACUUUGGGAAAUUCAAGCUUGAGAGGCAAGAUCCCCUGAGCUCCGACCAGGACUCUGCACACCGCCCUCCGGGCACCAGCAGCGGCUCCGUGGCGGCUGCCAUUCUGGUUCCCUUCUUUGCUCUCAUCUUAUCAGGGUUUGCAUUUUACCUCUACAAACACAGAACAAGACCAAAAGUCCAGUACAAUGGCUACGCCGGCCACGAGAACAGCAACGGGCAGGCUUCCUUCGAGAACCCAAUGUACGACACGAACUUGAAGCCCACGGAGGCCAAGGCGGUGCGCUUCGACACAACCCUGAACACAGUGUGCACGGUGGUAUAGCCCCUGCGCAGGACUGGACCAUAGCCAUACCUCGGAUGGGCAAGGCGACCUCUGGUGCCAUGGACCACGCCCCCCCCUCCCCCCCGCUUGGCCUCGGCUACCUUUCACAUCUCAUUCCGGCUCACGCAGCGGGGCUGUCCACGGAGCGUGCGGGGCUGUCCACGGAGCCUGCAGAGUCUUCUGAGCACUGGCGACCCUGUCCCUUCCUCCUGACGUGGAGUGUCUGUGUCCGGCUGUGCCUGCCUGCCUGGGGUCAAGGUGCCCUUGAGGAAGACCACCUGGCCGCGCCGCCCUGUGGCACUCAGUGCCUCAGACCUCCUGUGUCUGUGGCUGGGAUGCCUUCAAUGCACAGUCUGGGCAUGUGGGUCCAUCCUCCGGGCGCGGUGACAAGACAGCACCACCACAUGCAAGUACACUGGGGAAAG